GAGAAAACUAAACAUAACAUUGUAAAUUUUCAUUCCAGAAACUGUUGAACAUGUGCUUGAUUCUGAAGAACAAGUUGACAUUGUUGAUCUUGUGAAACAGAUGAUUAUGCAUGAACUGCCUUUGCUGGUUCCUGCGUGCCUUGGACUUGUGUUAGCUAUACUGGUUCCUAUCAUUACCUUGUUUUUCUGCUGCUGUAGAUGCUGCUGUGGGUAUUGUGGUGGCAAGCUUAGCACUCAGAAUGUGAGAAAACAUAAACUUGUCUGCAUGCUCAUCAAUGCUUUCAUUGUUGUCUCCAUGGUUGGAAUUCUCAGUGCCAUGGCAUGUUGUAUACCAGUGAGUGGAGGCAGACUGCAGACCAGUCCAAGGUUGAUAUUCCGUACCGUAAACGCCAGUCUUGACGAUAUUCCAAGUUUCCUUGAAAACUUCGUAGAUGAUGCUUCAGAUUUAACAAUGGAUGUGCUGAACACAGCUAUAGAUGAUAUUAAAGAUAACCUUGAUGAGUUGCCAGAUACAUUGUCAGACCCUGUAACUGAUGGUGCAAGACCUUAUGUUGACAAAAUAGAGAGCAAAAUGGAUGUCGUCUCUGAUGGCAUAGAUUCUCUGAAACUAGCGGAGGCACAGAUAAAUGACACUGUAGAUGCAAUGAUACUGUACAGUAACAAUCUACAGAUGGGACUGAAUAACAUUAAUGGAUUAUACAGCACAAUUAAGACUGAUUGUGGAAUUGAGGGCAAACUAUUUUGUGGCUCGUUACCAGAUGGAUCAGGCCCUGAUGCUCUUGAUGUCAGUAUUGACAACACAAAGUUGACGGAUAUAGCUGUAGAAGUUACAAAACUUGUUGCAGAGGCGAACAGCGUGAACUUGACUGAGUACACUUCUUUGGGAAACACAACCUUUGAAGAAGUACCCAAAACUGUUAGAAAUGCCAGCCAGGAUGCCAUUGAUUCUGUUAAAGCAACACUAGAUACAGUACAGGAUGACCUAGAACCAGAGAUUGACAAAGCAUUAGAAGCUGCAAAAUUUGACUUAGACUUAAGUGAUACCCUAGUCCCAUUAGACGAGGGCAUCGCUCAACUUGAAAACAAUAAGCAAGUCGUUGGAGCUGUGUUUACAGUGUUGUGCUGUAUUCUGUUGACUAUUGCAAUGACUGCGCUAGCGGGUCUGAUGCUUGGUGUCCUCUGCACCAAGAAGUCUACAACAUUAACCCAGACAGGAAGAACCAAGGCUGGACAUUGUGGAGCUUGUUUGCUAAUGACGUCUGUAGGGCUGGCAGUUUUCCCUGUCCUACUGGUUCUGUUAUUUGGGUCUGUACUGAUGUUACUAGGAGGUAAUCUUACCAUUAUAUGUAAACCUCUACAGGACCUUACAGUUUUCAGAAGGCUUGUGGACAGUGGGUUGCUUUUUGGUGGUGAAAAUCUGGGAGAGAAAUUCUUCAGUGAUGCAUCUCUUAAUAUGUCUGUCACAAACCUCUUCAAGACAUGUCGGGCUGAUGGAACUGUAUAUACAGGACUUAAUUUAGAGAGCGUCAUGAACUUGUCAUCAAUGUUCGAUCCUGAUGAGUUUGUACCAGAUCUGGGUGACAGUGUUGUGGACCAGAUCAACACCACUAUCAAAGACAUCAGCAUUGUUGAUACCAGUCUUUUUGAUGACCUCCAAUCUAAACUUGACUUGCCGGAUAUGGAUUUAAAUGCAGCACAGGAGGUUGAAGAUGAACUAAAUGGGAUAGAUCUUGAAGGAAAAGCCAAGGAGAUAAAUGACCUUGCAGAUACUAUUCCAGAUCAGAUUUAUGCAGAUAAAUACAGAGCAAUAGGUACUGGCUUACAGCAGUUACACAAUGAUAGCAAAGUACCAUUACAGCAAUCACUGGAAAAUCUAACAACAAUUUUAGAUGGACUAAACAGCACUAGUCAGUCGAUAAAGGCAAUCAUAACUGACUUAUCCCAGGAUUUAGAUGAUCUUACAAGUUAUAUUGAGAUCGAAGCUGUCAAUAUUGUUGUACAGACUCUUGAAGGCUUUUUGAAUGGAAUGAAGUCGGUCCCUGAUACAUUGAUCAACUCUGUCUUAAAUGAAUUGAGUACUGAUAUUGGUCGGUGUAAGGUUUUGGCUGAUGUCUAUGAUAUUGUGAUUGCCUCGUUCUGUGACCAUUUCCUAGAUGCCCUUAAUGUACUUUGGGCUUCAUUUUAUACUGGUGGGAUGGUGUGUGUCAUCCUUAUGGUGUCCAGUUGUACAGUCUCAAAAUACUUCAGGAGACCAGAUGAUAUGGUAUACACACAGCAUCGAGCACGUCAAAAUUUUACUAACAAUUCAAAUCCUUCACCAAGUAGUGCAAACGUGGACCUCAUAUAUUACAAGAGUCUGGCUGAAGGGAAUGCAAGCAACAAUGCUAUCUAUCCCAAGACAAACUAUCAAAGACUUCACAAAAAAUGGAGACAAAGGCGACGGUAUAUCACUGGUCCAUUUUCUGCUCAGUUCUUUGGAGGUAAUAGAGGAGGUACACCUGAAGAAACGGGAAAUGGUUUAAAAGAAACUCUAGAUCAGAAACAUGAUCAUGGACCUUUGUGUACAGUAAUUGAACUUGAUUGUUCAACAACUGACAGCGCUUGCUGCAGUCAAAGUCUGCCAUCUUUUGAAGGAGAUUCAAGUCAGGAUACGCUUGUAACCUUUGAUCAAAAACAGAAAGAUAGUAAUAUCACUGAGGGAGAGGAAUAUAAGAUUGUUGACAAAGUUGAGUCGUCUGUUAUUAGUCUUGAAGCUUUGAGCACCCAAGUAAAUGCGUCAGUUGAACAUGCAACAUCGGGAUGUAGUUCAAAAAGUGACAGAAACUGUAAUGAAAGUGCCGUUUUCCCAUACUUUCAGCUUAAUGGGGAUGAGUUUAUUUUGAUACCAGUAAGUCAGAUGAAAAUAGAAAACCAUGAAACCGAUGGUACAGCAAACGAAAUUAACUUUGAAGAACAUGGUGAUAAGCAACAGGCUAUAGAUAUGCAUGAGCCAAAACAAAGCGCUUGUAUAAAUCGUGAGAAUGUAGUUAAGGAUCAGUGGUUAAGCAGUUAUAAAAUAGAGUCGAAGUUUGAACAAACUGGUUCUUCACCACUUGUUAAAUACAGUUCUGAAAAUGAAAAAUAUGUUGAAGAAAGAAACAGAAGAAAACGACUUAAGCAGCAGGAUGCAGUAGCUGGGAUAACCUUUUCUAAUCUUGGUUACAUAGAGUCAGAUCAUGGCUCUGACGUUACUGAGAACAUAGAGAAUGACGAUAGUGAAUUGACUGCUGAUGCUCCCAAUCUAAAAUGUGACAGUUCUGACUCCUUAUAUUGGACUGGUAAGUCUUUAACUGAAAAUAAGAGCAUAGACAAUCUCGAUGAAAUGGAAUAUCCAGUACAAGAAAUUAUAUGCUCUUUGUGCAAAGGCAUUCGUGCUGAGAACAUGAACAGGAGAGACAUAGAAAUUGAACAAACUUUCCUUGCUGGUUCAAAGAAGGAAGAAUCAGUAGAUGUACAGCCAAUGUUAAAAUUUAAUAAAGUUGAAGAAGAAAACGUUAUAACAAGGGAAUCUGCCUCUGGCUUUAAAACUUCAGGAUUUAAUUCAGAGAUUGGAAUAUUAAGUAAAUCAUUGGAGAAUAGCUUUCAGGACUUUGAUGACACUUUUCAAAACAUGUCUGGAGGAAAUGAUCAUUCCUGUGUACAUCAGACUGGACAACAGAUGGAUUCCAAUAGAGGUGUAGAUAAAAAGAACAAAAAUGAAAGCCAGAAUAAGUUAGAUAUAGAAGUGAAGCCAUAUCGGUCAUUGGAAAACAUGAGGUCUCCACAGUCAGCCUUCCUGUUUUGGAAGUUUAUUGAAGAGAACUGUACUUGUCCAGACAAUGUCAAUAGUUGGCCGCGAGAAAAACACACAGGUGAUGACGUAAACAUCAAAAACAGUUUGAUACAGGACAAUGCCAGUGGAAAAUACGUAUGUAAUGAUCCAUCAUCACAGGAAAUACUACUUUGUGAGAAAUGUCCACCUGAAAAUGAUGAACUGUUGCCUCAAAAAGAACAGGAUGGGCGCAAUAAAGACCUUUCUUAUAAUGAACCAGAAUCUUUAGUGAGCUUGGCUGUUACAGCAGGGAAGUUGUCACACACACGAGAAGAAAACAAAACGUUUUGUAGAAAAAAUGAGCUGAAAAUCGAUUCUGAAGAUGUUAGGCAUCCGGAGUCUUUAGCCAGUUUAUCAAUGGCAGUUUCAUCCCAUUUGUCAGAAAUUCAACAAACGCAGGUACACCGAUGUGAGAUUGCAACCACAUGAAAAGACAGCACUCGGGUAUCUUACGUAUAGCGGUGUCUAUGACAAUGCAUACUGAAGUACUCAGUUAUGUUUGAAAAUAGAGACAUGCUGUCCAAUAUGUUAAAUAUGUUUAAAUGUGUGUUUUUGUUUAUUGUUAUGUUAUAAUAUUGAAACGUAAAUUGUGUUAAUGUGUUAAGAUUUUUUAUUGCAGAAAAAAGUUGUAUGUACUUGCCAUUGUAUAAUUAUGAUGACAGUUUGUGGUCUACAUUGCUCUGUUGAAUAAUUGUAUUUACAUUUACAAUGAGUUGUCUUGGCAGCCAUUUUGUCAUUUAUAUCACAAAGUCUUUGUUAGACGAAAUAUUAUUUAUUGGAGAAAUAAAUAAUCACAUACUUGA